GGUUCUCUGUUGGAUCUUGAAUACUAUCUCCAAGGAUCUCCAUGAUAGUGUUGCAUGUGCAGAAGGGGCAGAUGAAAUCUGGAGUGAUCUACAAGAGCAUUUUUCUCAAGGCAAUGCCUCAGUUGCAUGAAUUAAAGCUUGAAUUGGCCACACUCACGCAACAAACCAAGACGGUGGCUGCAUAUUUCACCAAAUUGAAGCCAAUUUGGGACAAGUUACAAGCCUAUGAACCAACACCAUUAUGUACUUGUGGCUACACAUGUGGAGCAGCAAAGGAAUAUAUAAAGACUCGGGAAUCAGAGAAAAUUCACCAAUUUUUUAUGGGAUUGAAUGACAAUUUCUCAACCAUUCAAUCUCAAAUUUUGAAUAUGGAUCCACUUCCUCCUCUGAACAAAGUAUAUGCCAUGGCAACUAAAGAGGAAAAGCAACAAGCAGUGGCUGCCUCAAGGGGACCUAUCAUGGAAGCUACGGCCUUUGCAGCAAUGGCCAAUCCUCAUACACGUACAACUCCACCAGGAAAGAUGCUGGAAGUUCAUAAGACUAAUCUCCAAUUGCCGGGCUCACCAAGGAUUAGUAUGAUCAACUCCUCUCACUUCUUAGGGGUAAUACUAUCUUUGGCCAUUCAACCAACUCAGCUGGACCUUACCUUGAGGAGGUUGAUUGGAGUGGCUACGCUUCGCAAAGGGUUAUAUUAUUGUAAUUUUGGACAUGUUGCAAUGGCUCAUCAGGUGAAGCAGUCUAAGAGGAGUAUGUUGUUUCCUCUUUUCCGUUGCUGGGUAGAGCUGCAAAGAUGUCCGAGUGGCUGACCAGAUAUAUUUUCUGUAUCAGCAUAUGUUUUUUUUUUUUUCUUUCUUUUUUUAAUGAUGUUGCGAACUUUUGAUUGAUGCAAUGCCAUAAAAGGUUCAUGUCUUU